AUGUAUGCCCCUUUUUACUGGAGUUGCCAAUUUAUUGCUCGAGCAUCAAAUACGUCUUUGAAGCAUUGGCAGCAAAUGGGCGGAGUUAACAUCAAUGAAGACAUUGUUAUUGAUAAGUCCAUCCACAAGUCUAUUAAUUCUCGGUCAGCUGUCUUAAAGAUUCCCAGGCCAGACUCAUUCCACACAUGUUUUGCUGGCUGGAUUGGAAAUGAUGCUAUUUCUCCUAUAAUUGGUGAUCAUGACCCUUACAUUAGUGUAUAUGGGAGGGAGCUGACCCAUAUACGAGCUGUCACUAUACUUAUGACCUUUAUCAUGGUUGUUGCCUUUCUUACAUCAAUUGCUAUUGUUCGACGCAUCCUCAUGGCAACAUCUGUUGCUGCAAAAGUGAUAGGAGAGGUUCAAGCCCUCAUUAUUUUCCCACUGAUACCAUAUGUUAUCCUUGCGGUGUUUUACAUGUUCUGGAUUUCAGCUGCUCUCCAUUUGUUCAGCUCUGGCCAGGUUGUUCAGAAUAGUUGCAACUCUAACUGCUGCACAUAUGAUCUUAUUGCAAAACGGGUAAACUGUGAUCGUUGUUGUGGUUAUAGCAUUCGUUACACACCACAUAUUGGAGUUGCCAUCCUUUUCCACCUAUUUGGGUGUUAUUGGGCUACACAAUUUUUCAUAGCUUGUUCCUCAACGGUGAUUGCUGGGUCUGUUGCCUCUUAUUAUUGGGCCCAUGGUGAAACAUCUCCAGAAAUUCCUUUUCUUUCUGUCUUUUCCUCCAUGAAGCGGCUUAUGCGAUACAGUCUUGGGUCUGUGGCUCUUGGCUCUCUGAUUUUAUCAUUUGUAGAAUCAAUUCGCUUUCUGCUUGAAGCUAUUCGUCGCAAACUAAAAGGCUCAGGUGAUGGGCAUGACAGCUGCAUAGGCAAGGCUGCAUACCAAUCUUCUCAAUGUUUUCUCAAGUGUAUUGAAUGGACCAUCAAAUCAGUAAACCGAAAUGCAUACAUCAUGAUUGCUAUAACAGGCAAAAGUUUCUUUAGUGCUUCUUGUAUCGCGACUGAUCUCAUCAUGAAUAACAUUCUAAAGAUUGGACGCCUUAAUGUGAUCGGAGAUGUCAUUUUGUUCCUUGGUAAACUGUGUGUUAGCCUCUCAUGUGCUUUGUUUGCGUUCCUCAUGUUAGACACUCACAAAUACAGAUCUGCUCAUAACAAGACCUCGUCUCCACUCUUACCUGUUGUGGUUUGCUGGGCUCUUGGAUACAUUGUCGCAACCCUUUUCUUUGCAGUUGUGGAGAUGUCAAUUGAUACCAUAGUUCUCUCAUUCUGCCAGGAUUCUGAAGAGCACCAAGGGACAGCCCAGUAUGCGCCACCCCUUCUCAUUGAGACUCUCACUGAUCAGAAUGAGAUGCAGAGACUCACACAAGGACCCUAA